UUCAGUUAUCUGUUUUGUGUUUUAAGUGGUUGGUUUAAUUGGUCUACCAUGGGGAGGGAAGGGGUGCAGCCAGGGCCGGAAACAGAGCUCAGUCUGAGGCCUGGGAGCCUCAUGUGAGGAGGCAUUUUCCCUCAAGCAUGGAGGCAGGAGAAAAUAAGAGAGGAUGGAAGACUCAGCUGGCUGAUGCAACAAGCUGUGUAGAUGAUAAGAUCACAUGAGAUAAGACCUCAAGAUGGUAGCAGGCAUGGGGAAGUUCUUGAAAAAAUUUUUUAAGUAGCUGUCAGGGUUCUGAGGUUUGGUUCUGUCUGCUCUCCCACCUGCCGUCUUCCAGAUUCCCCGUUCCCACGCCAUCUGCUCUUGGCACCAGGUCUGGGAAGUCCUCUUGCUUCCAAUCCCAGCACAAGUGCUACAGCAAUGGAUCACCCUUCAUCCACGAAUCAGCCGCAAGCACCAGAAACCUCUGUUUGUUUCUAAAAAGCACCUUCCAGUGCUCCUCAGACCUGCUGGAACAAACAAUGUCAAUCUGGAGGCUGAUAAAACUCUCAGUAUCACAGAAACACAGGGCGAGCAAUCACAAAUCCCCAUGACCUUGACCCCUCUUGAAUCAUGCUCCCCACAGACCACAGCACACCAGCCAGCCCAGGGAACAGGGUGCAGGCGCCCUUGCUUCUAUCAUAUUGAGAGCUGAGCGGCAUUUCCUGGGCCCCAGGCUUCAUUAGCACGUUGGUGGUAUUGCUUCCUGUAGCUGACUAUCUGUUUCCAUUCUGGCAAAGUGUUUGCUCUCUUCUCUCUGCUUUGGGGGUUGGGGGAAGAUGAGCUUCUCAAGGAGCCUGUCUCUGCCCUCUUGGCCGUCUCCCCCUCGGCAUCCCGCACGUCCCCGCCACAAGGCAGAGCGUCUGGCGUCCCCCUGAGCCGAGCUGAGGAGCUCCGCACCCAGAAGAGCUCUCCCCUCCCGCAGUCAGCAUCGCAGCCACAUCCAGUCUGCAGUUUAGGAAGAGACAGGAAAAGUGGCAGACCGGUUGGCAAGCUGAUGACAAUUAAGAGAAGGCCUAGGAGGAGAAGCUGAAGCCCAAGAGGGUCGCGGAAUAAUGGAUGUCACCACGUCAGCGCACUCGGAGACCACAGGGAGGACCUCAGGGCCCAGCACUCUACAGGGAACCCUCGGCAGCCUGGACAAAGCUGAAGACCACAGCAGCAGCAUCUUUUCUGGGUUUGCGGCUCUCCUUGCCAUCCUCCUGGUUGUUGCAGUUUUCUGCGUCCUGUGGAACUGCAGUAAACGGAAGAAGCGGCAAGUUCCCUACCUCCGAGUUACCAUCAUGCCCUUGUUGACUCUGCCUCGACCCAGACAACGAGCCAAAAAUAUUUAUGACCUCUUGCCCCGAAGACAAGAAGAGCCGGGAAGACAUCCCUCAAGGAGCAUCCGUAUUGUCAGCACCGAAAGCCUCCUCUCCAGGAAUUCUGACAGCCCUCCCUCAGAGCAUGUGCCCUCCCAAGCAGGCGAUGCCUUCCACAUGCACGGAGCCCAUACUCACGCCAUGGGGUAUGCAGUGGGCAUCUAUGACAAUGCCAUGCGGCCCCAGCUGUGUGGAAACGUUGCUCCCUCAGCUCACUAUGUCAAUGUCAGAGCUUCAAGAGGUUAUCCGAGCACUUCUUCAGAGGAGUCAAGAGAUUAUGUCAAUAUCCCCACAGCAAAGGAGAUUGCUGAGACUUUGGCUUCUACCAGUAACCCUCCUGGGAACCUCUUCAUCCUCCCAAGUACCAAGGAGCUGGCACUGUCUGAAGAAAUAGAUGAGGGUUGUGGGAAUGCCAGUGACUGCACCAGUUUGGGGUCUCCAGGAACUGAGAACAGUGAUCCACUCAGCGAUGGGGAAGGGUCUUCUCAGACCUCAAAUGACUAUGUCAACGUGGCAGAGUUGGAUCUCGGGACCCCCCAAGGGAAGCAGCUCCGGGGAAUGUUUCAGUGCCGCAGGGAUUAUGAAAAUGUACCACCAGGUCCCAGUAGCAACAAGCAGCAGGAGGAGGAAGUGACAUCCUCAAACACAGACCAUGUAGAGGGCAGGACAGAUGGUCCAGAGACCCACAUCCCACCUGCCAUGCAGUCAGGGAGCUUCCUGGCUUUAAAGGAUUAUGUGGCCUGUCAGUCAUCUGCCCACAGUGAGAACGGGCCGUGGAAACGUGCAGAAGAGACGUCAAGUGAGGACUCUCAUGACUAUGAGAAUGUGUGAGCUGCCGAGGCAAGGACCAGGGGCUGAGCAGCGGCCUGACCCACGGCUCUUUCCUGACAAACUAAGACCCAGCCACCCAGCCGGCAAGCCACAUAAGUGGUCGCUGCUGCCAGAUUCACCCUUGAUGACCCUGUAUUUCAGUGGUUUCAUUUGGUUAGGCUAAGGAGAUGAAAUGAGUAGGGAGCUAAGGGCCUCUCAAAAGCAGAGUUUCGAGAAAGCCAGAAAGUAAUUCUUCUCAGCAAGUUUCUGUUACUUCUCAUAUCAACUUAAGAAUGUUUGCUGAAACUACCUUACAGAAUUGUUAGGAGGCUAAAAAUGGAAGAGUCCUUUAGUGCACAGUGGAAACAUGAUGGAGCCUAAAAUCAUUACCUUUGCUAAUACCAGCAGGCUGCAAAGAAAGAAUACAGAUUGUUUGGUAAUCCAGACAGAGGCCAAAAGGAAUGAAGAAGCUGGAGUGGGGUGGGGAGGGGGAGUUUCCACCCUAGAAUGAGUGUGGACCUCCAAACGCUGGAGAAAACACAGAAUAAUAAUGCUCAUCAUUGCUGAGGGGAUUGCAAGCCAUAACCUUCACUCUGGAAAAUUGUUCAUCAGUUUCUCAUAAACAUACACUUAUUAUACAACCCAGUCAUUCCACUAUUAGGUAUUUAUCCAAGUGUAAAGUUUGUGUUCACAAGAGAAAAAAAAACUUAUACAUUACUGUUUAUAGCAGCUUUAUUCAUAAUUGUGAAAACUUAGAAAUAUAUAAGUCUUUCAACAGGUGAAUGGAUAAACAAGCUGUCCUAUAUCCACACAAUGAAUUUAUCCACACUCACCGGUAAAAAUGAGUGAAGGAUAUAGGUUUAUGCAACAACAUGGACAAAUAUUAAAGACAUUUUGAUAAGUGAAA